AUGACGUACCUCGGCCAGGGCCAGAAGGUGCAGAAGGUGAUGGUGCAGCCCAUCAACCUCAUCUUCAGGUAUCUCCAAAAUCGGUCCCGAAUUCAGGUGUGGCUGUAUGAGCAAGUAAAUAUGCGAAUAGAGGGCUGCAUAAUUGGUUUCGAUGAGUAUAUGAAUCUUGUAUUGGAUGAUGCAGAGGAGAUUCACUCUAAAACAAAGUCAAGGAAACAGCUUGGCCGGAUCAUGCUAAAAGGAGACAACAUUACUACAAAGUGUUUCUAACUAGAAGAAUAUUGUCAGUGAAGUUAGAAGACACUCAGAAGGCAAUACUUUUUUUUCUUAGU